AUGCUAUCUCGGGCGGCGCGUAGAAAAUUGGCCUUUACCGCUGCCACUGAGCAGCAGGCGAAGCGAGCCCUUGUGCAGGUCUUUGUCGAUGGCAAGCCUGUCAAAGUCGAAGCCGGCACCACUGUUCUUCGAGCCUGCGAAGCUGCUGGUGUCCAGAUUCCCCGAUUCUGCUACCACGAGCGUCUCUCCAUCGCUGGCAACUGCCGAAUGUGCCUAGUCGAAGUCGAAAAGAUGCCCAAGGCCGUCGCUUCCUGCGCCUUCCCAGUUAUGAAGGGAAUGUCUAUUUUGACCAACAGUGAGAAAUCUCGACGAUCGCGAGAAGCUGUCAUGGAGUUUCUCUUGGCUAACCACCCUCUUGAUUGCCCAAUUUGCGAUCAGGGUGGUGAGUGCGAUCUUCAGGAUCAGGCCAUGACUCACGGAAGUGAUCGAUCUCGAUUCUGGGAGGGAAAACGAGCCGUCGAAGAUAAGGAUAUCGGGCCUCUUGUCAAAACUGUCAUGACUCGAUGCAUCCAGUGUACUAGAUGCGUCCGAUUCUGCCAGGAAAUCGCUGGUAUUGAUGAGCUCGGAACAACUGGUCGGGGAAACGAUCUCCAGAUCGGUACAUACGUCGAAAAGGCUUUAAGCACUGAGUUGUCUGGAAACCUUAUUGAUGUCUGCCCAGUUGGUGCCCUUACCAGCAAGCCAUAUGCUUUUAGUGCUCGCCCAUGGGAAACCCGAAAGACUGAUUCCGUCGAUGUCAUGGAUGCCGUUGGUACCAAUAUCGUCGUUUCUUCCCGAGCUGGCGAUCUUCUUCGAAUCAUCCCAAGACUCAACGAGGAAGUCAAUGAAGAAUGGCUCGCUGACAAGGGUCGAUUCUCUUAUGACGGACUCAAGCGACAGCGACUCACCCAGCCCAUGGCUCGAGGUGAAAACGGCAAACUCACCAAGGUCGAUUGGCAGGAUGCUCUCACCGUUGCUUCCGAUGCUAUUGCUGAUGCUGGUGAGAACAUUGCCGUUGUCGUUGGUCCAUUCGCCGAUGUCGAGACCAUGUGCCUCGCCAAGGAUCUCGCUAACAAGGCCGGCUCCGAGAUGGUUACCACUGAGCAGAGCUUUAUCGCUAAUGGUGAUCUUCGAUCUGACUACACUUUCAACUCGACUAUUGCUGGCAUCGAAGAGGCUGACCGAGUCAUCAUCAUUGGCUGCAACCCUCGAUUUGAAGCUCCACUUAUCAACGCCCGAAUCCGAAAAUCCUGGCUCCACAAGGAAACCGAAGUUGACGUCAUUGGUUCUGAGCUGAACCUCUCCUACACUCACCAGUACCACGGAAAUGACCCACAAAUCAUCAAUGACAUCGCUAACGGCACCCACCCAAUCUGCGAAGAACUCGCUGAAUGCGAGCGACCCAUGGUCAUCCUUGGUUCUUCCGUCUUUGAGCGAGCCGAUGGCUCUGCUAUCCACCAGUCUGUCAAGAAAAUGUGCGAAUCCUUGAACACCCCCGAAGGCUGGAACCCAUUCAAUAUUAUGCACAAGUCUGCUUCUACUGUUGGCGCUCUCGAUCUUGGCUACAAGACUGGUGUUGAACACAUCAAGGGCCGAAAGCCUGAUGUUAUCAUCAACCUCGGCGCUGAUGAGGGUCUCAUUACUCGAGAUGAUGUUUCUUCCACUGGCAAGAUCAUUUACAUCGGACACAACGGUGACGCUGGUGCUUCCUCUGCUGACGUCAUCCUCCCAGCUGCCGCUUACACCGAGAAGAACGGUACCUACGUUAACACUGAAGGCCGAGUCCAGGUCACUCGAACCGCUAUUACUCCCCCUGGAGCUGCCCGAGAAGACUGGAAGAUCGUCCGAGUCCUCUCUGAGCUUAGCAACCUUACUCUUCCAUACGACACCCUCAAAGAAGUCCGAUCCCGAGUGCGAGAAGUUGCUCCUCAUUUAGUUAAAUUCGAUUCUCUUGAACAAAGCGCGAUUUCGAUUCCAGCUGAACCCAGCACAAUGGCAAACGAACCACUUGUCGCCAACCAGACCCAGCUCUCUGAGUACUAUAUCACAGAUUCCAUCACCAGAAGUUCAAAAGUUAUGGCUAAGUGCGUCAAUCGGAAAGUAAAGGAAAAAGCAAAAGAACCGAUAAAAGAAGUCCUCAAGGUUCUCAUCGAUGGAAAAGUGGUCAAAGCAUCACAGCAUCCGGACUUAGUAAAAUACGACGAGGCAAAAGCCAUCUGUGAGUGGGAGAACAAAACUUUGCCACGUUCGUCCUUCAGAGUUGUCGAAAACGGGCACGAGUAUAAGUCCAUAUUUUGGCUUGCGGAAGACGAGCAAUCAAGAAAAGAAGCGAAUGAUGAGUACUUGGAAGAUCUGGGCGUUUCCUUUGUUACAGCAAAUGGCGGCGGUGGUUUCUGUGCGAUUUUAGAUACUGGACCUCUCACUUUGACAACACCUUUACCGAGUAUCUUUAUUUGCGAAGAUGCUCUUUAUGAUGAAUAUAAUCGCGUCGUUCUCCACAUAAAUGUAACUGUUGGCUGCGACCCGCUCGAACUCAACGCGACGUUCAUAGAAGCAAGAAAUCUUUUUAAAUCUAGCCAUUUUGAUGUCACAUUUUAUUAUGAAGAUCAUAUGAACAAGAAAUCAUACGCAAGACCAAAAAUAAGCGGGUACACGAAACGCAACUUCUCCGAAGAAACAACUGGAAUAAACUGGUGCAGGAACAGUGGGAUAACGUUAAACGCAUCACAACACCCGGAGUUACUAAAAUACGAUCAGGCAAAAACCAUCUGUGAGAGAGAGAACAAAACAUUGCCCCGUUCGGUCUUCAGAGUCAUCGAAAAGGGGCACGAGUUUAAGUCCAUAUUUUGGCUUUUGGAAGACGAGCAAUCAAGGAAAGAAGCUAAUGAAGAGUUUCUACAAGAUCAAGCAGUUUCUUUUGUUUACGAAAAAAGUGAACUGUGCGCGAUAUUGGAUAUUCGGAAUAUACUUCCGUCUUUACCGAAUCACUUCAUCUGUAAAAAUGCGGUGUUUGACGAAGAUGACCGAGUUAUUAUUCACAUAAAUGUCACUGUCGGAUGCGUCCUACUCGAACUGAACAAGACUUUUAUUGAAGACAAUAAUCUCUGGGAAUACGGCUAUCUAGAUAAAACAUAUUCUUACGAAGAUCCUAUGGGUUACAAUAUGUUUUCACGACCAAAAAUUAGCGGGUACAGAAAGCGUUACUUUAGUGGAGAUAAAACGGGAAUCAACUGUGGACAACCAGUAAGAAAUGCAAAAGCAAAAAGACUCCGAGAGAAGGACCAUCAAGUUAUCCGUGGCUAUUCUUAUUCAACUGCGAGGGCUCUUUGCUUCCCAAAUAAUUACAGAGAGAAUCUCCCUCCGAGAGAUGUAACGUAUGAAUCAACUAAUAGUACUGCCACUGCCUACCGAAAAAUCUGUAGACAAGACAACAACAACAAUUCUUGA